AUGGGCGAUAUGAUUAGGGAUCCGUCCCCCGCAUCGGCCCCGCGCCAAGAGAAGGACCGCCGCGGCAACCAGUUGUUCCUCGGGACUUUCGUGCACUCCAAAUCGCGGGAGGAACUAGAGUACCUCCACGACACGGCCGUCUGCGUAGAUACCGAUGGAACCAUUGUCGCGGUCGAGAGGUGCGCGGGGUUAGAGGAGGCUCAGGCCGUGCUGUUUCCCAGACUUGGCUGGACGAGGGGGGAUGUGAAAGUGAGAAUUGGCGGGGAGGGAGAGUUCUACUUUCCUGGAUUCAUCGAUACCCACGUCCACGCAUCACAAUACCCCAACGUAGGCAUCUUUGGAAAGUCGACGCUACUGGAUUGGCUGAACACGUACACGUUCCCCCUCGAGUCCAGCCUCAAGGACUUGGACAAGGCCAAGAGGGUGUACACGGCCUGCGUGAAGAGGACGCUCGCACACGGGACGACCACGUCCGCGUACUACGCCACCAUCGACGUCGCGGCCACGAACCUCCUGGCGGAUAUCUGCUUGAGGCUGGGACAGAGAGCGUUCGUGGGCAGGGUGUGUAUGGACCGGCCCGGGCUAUGUCCCGAGUACUACAAGGACGAGGACGCGGAGGAUUCGCUGCGCAGGACGCGGGAGACGAUCGAGCACAUCCGGUCCAUCGACCCGGGAUUCGACCUCGUCGCGCCGGUCCUGACGCCCAGGUUCGCGCCGUCGUGCUCGGCGGACGCGAUGAAGGGGCUCAGCGCGAUGCAGAAGGAGCUGGACGUGCUGGUGCAGACGCAUAUCUCCGAGAACCAGGGCGAGAUCGAGCUGGUCAAGGAGCUGUUCCCCGAGAGCGAGAGCUACACGGCGGUGUACGACGACGUCGGGCUUCUGGGGGAGAAGACGGUGCUGGCGCACGCGAUCCAUCUCUCGGACGAGGAGGCGAGCACGAUCGCGGAGCGCGGGGCCAAGAUCUCGCACUGCCCGUGCAGCAACUCGUCCAUCACCAGCGGCGCGGCCCGCGUGCGGUGGUUGUGGGACAAGGGCAUCGAGGUCGGGCUCGGGACGGACAUGAGCGGCGGGUACAGCCCGAGCAUACUGGAGGCGGCGCGGCAGGCGGCGCUGGUCUCGAGGCACGUCGCGAUGGGGAUGGAGGGCGAGGAGAAGGAGAGGGCCAAGCUGACCGUGGAGGAGGUGCUGUUCCUCGGCACCAGGGGCGGCGCGCGGGUCGUCGGGCUCGGGGACAGGAUCGGGGGGUUCGAGGUGGGCAUGCAGUGGGAUGCGCAGCUGGUGGGGUUGCCGGUUGUGGACGGCGAGGGGGAGGCCGGGUGGGAUUCGAAUGUUGAUGUUUUUGGGUGGGAGGACUGGGAGGAGAGGAUUGCCAAAUGGGUUUUCAACGGCGAUGAUCGGAAUACCAGGGGCGUUUGGAACAGUGCCGUCACGCCGUACUGCGCCAUGUCCGGUCUCGAGGGCAUCGCAGGCCUGAGCCUCGCCUGCAAUGUCAUGCAACUCAUCGAUUCCGGUCGCGAUACAGUCUCCUUGUGUUGCAGAAUCUACCAUAGCGGCGAAGUAGAGCCCGAUCUGAAGCUCAAGGCGCAGGCUCUUCAAGAAACCUCCGCUGAAGUAACGAACUUGCUGACGAGCAAGGGAACCCCGACACCCCAGACUACCGGCGCAGAGAAACGUCUGCUGGUCAUUUCUCGCAGUUGCAUUCAGCACGCAAAAGACCUCGAUGAUGAGAUCACAUAUCUUACGCCCAGCUCGAACAGUAAGCUGUCUGCAUUGGUUACCACGUCGAGAGCUGUUUGGCGAAAGCGGCGGCUGGAUCGCCUCAAGACGAGUCUCGAGAAUGCACAGAACACGAUGGAAACCCUGGUGUUAGUGAGGCUCUUCGCCAAAGCAGAGGCGUUCUUCGGCAAAAGUAGGGAUUCCUUCGAACGCGUGGAUGAUACGCUGAAGAACUUCAUCGCCACGCAUUCCCGCGACUCAAACGUCUUGCGGAAGAUUAUCCGAGACGAGUCCCAAGUCGUCCGCGACCAAGUCACGACCCAGUCAUCCAAAUCCCAGGAUGCUAUUACAGCGCUCGGGAGGGAAUUUUCGACCGAGCUCAGAGUUCACGAAACCCGUUUUGCCAACGUUGUUUCGUCCUCGAGCAUCGAAAUACAAGACGCCUUGUCUCGGAAGAUCUCGUCAGUCGACGAGGCAACGGCUGCUGACCACGCCUAUCAACGUCUGCUUCACAGUCUGAAGUACGAAGGCAUGAAUGAGCGGAAGAACAGCUUAAAACCCUCUCACCCAGAAACACUCCGGUGGAUUUUCAACGACAAUCUACGGGAUUACAAUGCGGUUUAUAAGGAACCACCAGAGGACACUCCAGACCCGGACAUCGUGGAGGAUAAUCCGAGGGAUGACAGUGCGGUUUACAAGAAACCACCAGGGAACAAUCCAUAUCUGGACAUUGUGGAGGAGCUAUCUACUGAUGACGAAUUCGACGACGAUACCGACGAUGACGCGUUCAUAGAGGAGUAUGGCACAAUCGACCUCGCCCGCCGUAGCGGCUCUCCUGGAGCUCAGACUUCGUCGGAAGAUUUGGGCUCGUCCACAGGAUUUGAAGUUGAGACAGACGGAAGUCCGUUGGGAAAUCAAGGCACAAGCCCAGAUCAGUACAACUAUGAGAAAGAUGGUGAUGGAGAUAAGGAUGCCAAGAACAGUGUUGACAGCGAUCCCGGACGUGGACAUGAGCUUGCCUUUCCACUUUGGGAUAGCUUCGUUCAAUGGCUCCUAGAUCAUGAGGGAAAACCAUACUGGAUCAGUGGAAAGCCCGGCUCAGGGAAAAGCACCCUGAUGAAAUUCAUCGAAUCAAGUGAGGAGACCACUGAGAUCCUGGGAAUGUGGCACCCAAAUUCAAAGGUCAUCUCCCAUUUCAUCUGGAAACCUGGAAUGCGAAUGCAAAAAAGUUACAAAGGGAUACUUUGCUCUUUACUUCAUCAGGCGAUGCUGGUGUCUGAACAAUACGGCCAGCGCUUAGCGUCAGUUAUGGACAUCAACAAUAAGACCAGUGACACCGAUUGGACCAUUGGAGAUUUGGAAGUAACCUUGUUGGAUCUCUUGCGACACUCGGAUUGCUCAUUUCUUUUCUUGAUCGAUGGCCUAGACGAAAUAUCUGACGUGGAUGGUGAUGAGCAAUACCAGUUCAUCAUUUUCUUGGCCAGACUCGUCCAGAAAGACAAAGUCAAGGUUUGCGUCUCAAGUCGCCCGGAGCCAAUCUUCAAACAGCACCUGGAAACACACCCGAUGCUCUUGAUGCAAGAUCUCACUGAGAGAGAUAUUGAAAAGUACUCGAGCGACAUGUUGAAAGAAUUUGACAUCAAAUCAAGAGACGGGCGGGCUAGCGUCACAGCAUUGAUUCUUCUCAGGGCGGAAGGCGUCUUUCUGUGGGUGGUUCUUGUUUUACAAAGCUUGAGGCGAGGACUGCGCAACGACGAUGAUUGGAACAUGAUUCAUUCCCGCAUAAGCUCUCUUCCAAAGGACAUCAGCGAUUUGUAUCGGGACAUGUGGAUGAGGUCAAACGGAGACAGCACAUUCUACCAAACAGAAGCCGCGCUGUACUUUCAACUCGUGCUGGAGAGACUCGAGGAAGACUACAAAAACUGGUCUCAAGUUAAUGAGUGCAGCGUGCUUCAACUCGCAACAGCGUCGUGGGUUGCGCCCCUCCAGUCUUUCACGCAGUCCGGAGCCCUUCCAUCUAGACGUGGUCUUCUAGAUAGAUGCGCCUACACUGUUCGGACGCUGCCCACAAGGUGUAUGGGGCUGCUUGAGGUAGCUGAACCCACUGCUUCACAAUCUGCGUUUGUAUCAGAUGACGAGGACAACUUGGGCGUUUGGGCGAACGCCACUGUUCGUUUCAUUCACAGGACUGUUGUGGACUUUCUUCUCGAUGAUGAUUUCGGCAGGAAGGUUCUUGGUAUAGAUCCUAUGCGUCACUCAUGGCGUGGAUUCUUGCUGUAUGUUUUGAACAAGUUCAACUGCGGCCCAUCCGAAGAAACAAUCAAAAGAUUCGAUGUCCUGAGCAUCAUCAAAGCUUUCGUCGCCACUGGGAUCCUAGCCGACCUCGAAUCCAAAGUUUGCAUUCUUCGCGUCGACUGUCACUCCGACUGGGUUCCAUACGAGUUCACGCUUCUGACAAGAUCGCAAGAGGAGCCCGAGCUUGGACAGGCGAUUUACUUGCAAAUCAACGACGAUCUGCUACUGGAUGCUGUUCUGAACCUGGUCCAAAUACGCUCAGAAUUUGAUUCGACCAUGGAACUCGGUAUUUCCCCGCUUGCUUCCACGCUCAUGCUUCGGAGUGUCGAACUCCCCGCCGGAGAUGUGAACAGAUGGGUCUUGCCGUACUUCAUGGUCGACGGAACCGUCGAUACCGAAUAUGAUGCUUACUUCAUCCAAAAGCUCCUGAACUCCAGGAGGGAGAAAGAGUUUGUGGACGAGGUUGCUAUCCUGAGAAACUUUGGCUACGACCUGCACAAACAUGAGGCACUCUCACCGCAGUCCUGGAAGAGCAGCCCACAAAGCUUCAAGCCCGUAAAGACGUUCUCGAUUCCGAGGAAGCCCGUGGCGACGUACAGCAGCAUCCAAGAGUGCCCGGGCGACCAGAGCGACGGCGCAUCGCAGCCGCCGAGUUACAUCUCCGAGACGUCUGCCGAGAAGACGAGGACCACAACUCGCGGCAGGUCACUCUGGAGGAUUUGGGCGCUCGAGCUAAUCUGCAUCGCUCUCAGUAUUAUCCUCUUCAUCGUCAUCGUCGUCGUCCUCUCCAAAUUCGACCAGCAAAGCCUACCGAACUGGCCCUGGGGAAUCACUCUCAACUCCUUCGUGGCCUUCUUCACCACUCUGACAAAAGCCGCCUUCAUCGUGCCGGUCUCCGUCGCCAUCAGCCAGACGCAAUGGACGUGGUUCAACCAGGAAAAACCACAGUCACUGUACGACUUUCACGUCAUUGACCAGGCAAGCAGAGGGGCCUGGGGUUCGUUGGUUCUGAUAUGGCGGUUUCGCUUCCGUCACGUUGUUGCUCUCGGUGCGCUCCUGAUCAUCAUUAGCACCGUGACGGCACCGGUUACACAGCUCAGCAUUGACUACCCUAUCCGCGAUACGUUAGUCGCGGGAGAAGAGGCCGUGACGAAGGCCGUUUUGGAUAUAAGAGCACCGAGGGAUGAGCUGUACAGAGCGACGCAACAAGCGAUUUACAUGGGCUCCUUACUCGACUUCACAGGGUUCCUAAAGCCACUCUCGUUCGCCGACAUCACCACCGGCAGAGCGACGUGUUCAACCGGUAACUGCACCUUUAACCAAUACCAAUCCCUCGGCGUCUGCGUGAAAAUGGCCAACAUAUCAUCUCACCUCACCGUCGAAGAGUUCGCGAACUCCAGCAUGCUGGAGACGCCCGUCAUGGGGGAGUCCAUCCGGGCCGUACCCGACUUGAAGGUCUACCGCGCCUCUCUCGGCGGAGGCCUCGACAUGGCGCACUACAACAACCUGGCCGUCUACGCCGAGAUGCUGAACGGGAACCUGACGUUCGCCUUCGGCGACGACCCCGCCCUCCAGCGGACGAGGAUCGCAUCCUUUGCCGUGAUGUACACCACGCCGACGGUCUACAACGACACGUGGUGGGGAUCGAAGAAGAACGACGCCCCGUCCGUCAAGGAGUUGGUAAACAACAUUGGCGAGUUCCGGCACGACGCCACCGAGGUGCUCUUCCACCUCUGCGCCCAGACGUACGAGACGGAGGUGCGCACGGGCGUGGAGGCCACCCGCGUGGUCGAGUCGUUCACCGACAUGGAGCUGAUCGAGCCGGUCGGCGGCUCGUUCCUCGACAUGAACUGCAGUUCUUUCCUGUACGAGCAGUCGAGUAUCUGCCAGACUCGCCAGGACAGGUGGGACGAGGUGCUCGAGCUCAAGGUGGCGAGCAACGCAUCUUCCGCCCCUGAUGGGCCGUCCUCGGGCAGCACGCAGAGCUUCACCGCCAAUUACCUCGGUCUGGAGGACAUGGCCGGGACGAUGAAGAGUUAUUUGGUCGGGUACGCGAGCGUGAGCCCCGAUACCGAGAUAGACGAGGACACGCCGAUCAUUUAUGCCGGCGGUGAGUUCGUGAGGAGGCUUCAUCAGUCUGUCCUCUUCGCCCUGCACGACAGUCUUGAAAACCGCCAGGCAGCUCUGAGCAACAUCUACACGAACAUUGCGACUAGUCUCUCAGCUUUAAUCCGAGUCGGCCAACCAACAACCUUCGCCCACGCAGCGUUCAACGUCACCGGCGAGGCCUGGAAAGAGGCCUCGUACGUCAGGAUAACAUGGGGCUGGAUCUCGCUGCUCGCGACCGAGAUCGCCAUCGCCAUCGUGUUUCUGGCCCUGACGAUCGCCAAUCAGGUCAGGAGGGGGGAGCUGAACGACGACGAGCCGGGUCCGGUGCGCGAUCUGAAAGACUCGUCCCUGGGUCCCAUGGUGGCCCUCAGCAGGGACUGCCACUCCGCAGCGGGCGGCGGUCUUCGGCCCAUAGGGGAGCUGAAGCAGGCUGCGAAGGAAGUCAAAGUGAGACUGGAGGGGAGGCAGAUUGUGCUCGCGGAUGAGCCUGUUGACGGACGGCGAGAGGUGAGAGAGGGUCCGUGA